GUCACUUCAAGAACAAGUCAAAGCCAAUCGCAGAAGCAGCCAUGCUCCGUACAGGUGCUCAUCGCUGCCUCUUGGGCUCAAGCACGCAAGCUGUAGCUGGCCCAUCACGGCUGCCACUCGUGCGCUUCUCGAGCGACGAGCCCAAGAGCCGCGCAGCAGCACAGCCUUCCUCUUCUUCUUCUGAAGCUGCGCCCAAGCCUCCUCCACCGUCUCAAUCAACACCUCCUUCCCAAUCCUCAUCAUCGACGUCAGCGCAAGAGCAGCCCAUAUUCUCAACCUCUCAAUCUCACUACUCCUCGGAGCAGGACAAGCUCCCACUACCCUGGCUGGAUCGUCCACUAGGCGUAGCAACCAAGCCCACCCGUCAUACGCCCGCCAAGAGCAGUUCAGAACGAGCCAAAACCUAUCUCGAGUCCGGUAGAGCAGAAGAACGUCGUCGUCUUGUACAAUCUGCUACGCAGGGGUACUUUCACGACUUUCACUCGCUGCGCUCUCAUGGAGGGAAGACGUGGAGGGCGCCCAAUACCCUCAUAAGGAGCGAUCGAGCGAGAUGGCUCCCAAACGUCGAGGGGACUUGUCUCAAGGAUAAGAGGAAGAAAAGUACGCUGGAUAUGUGCGAGGGCAAAGUUAGCGUGGUCACGCUCUUGACUUCGAAGAUUUCGGAGGAGCAUAGCAAGUCCUUCUACGAGCCGACACUGGAUCUGUACGGCUCCAACCCUCGCUUCCAACUGAUCCAGCUCAACCUUCAACCCAAUCUGCUCAAGCACUACCUCAUCUCCCUCUUCCUCUCCUCUGUCCGCUCGCAAGUGCCCGAGGCUCUGCAUGACACCUAUCUCCUCUCCAAGCUGGAUCUGGACUCACCGAGUGCAAGUGGAAUUCAUCGUGAGGAUCUCAAUGUGCACAACAAGCACGUAGGGUACACGUACUUGGUUGGGCCAGAGGGGAAGAUCAGGUGGGCUGGGUGUGGAUUUGCGGAGAAGAGGGAGAGGGAGGCAUUAUUGAGCUGUACGGGGAUUCUACUCGAUCGUUGACGUUGCAGGAUCAGUAUCAGUGGGUGAAAUAUCAACGCUGGGCGGCGAACGUGAAUAGCAUAUAGCAUACAAUCACUG